AUGUCGACGAAUGCUCCUACGAAGUCCAGUCUAGACGUGGCCGUAGAAUCGGCGUGCAAGAUGUUCCUCAGCAUGAGAAACUUGGUCAGAGUCAGGACAGACUCGAUUGCCGGAAUGAAUGGGGCUCGCGGCGUCGACGGUUUGCGCGAGCAACUCGACCUUUUAGAGACGAUUACAGACGCUACUUUGCGGACGAUACGAGACUUGAGAGCUCCGCGAGCUUGGGAGUACAUAGACGACGCGGCAGAGCUGUCUUAUUACGAUUUAUCUGUCAGAAUAGAGCGGAUGUUGGCUACGACCAGGGCCAUGCCUUCGAACAGGAUAGACGUACCGUAUGUGCGUGGUUCCAGGAAGAAUAUCGACUCGUGCGUCGCAUCAGGGCGGGACUUAAGUCCUUCAAGAGGUAUUAAGCGAAGCCAGACUAUAGCAUGCAUCCCGGACGGUGGUCGUGGUAAGAGAGUGCACAAGGAAGCUCCAAGUACGCAAGGUAAGAGGCAGGCUGUGGACUACGAUGGCGUGGAGACACGGGGCGCGAGCAAUAAUAGUGACGAGGCUCUGUUGGCGGCUGAAACCCUCGUCGCGUGCGGUAUUCACGAGGAACGGCUCGCGCAUAUAUCGGGGAUGCUCUCGGACGGGAGGAAGUGUACUGUUGAGACAGCGUGGCUAAACGUGCAUAAGGAAUGUUCAGAAGAGCAUCAGAUUGAAGAAGAUCGUGCGUUUUCAAGGCUGUUGUCGGGGUACGACUCGCCUAGAAGCGGAUACGUCGAGGAGUAUUUUGAGGAGUUCGUCGAUAGCAGUGCCACGUUCAAGCAGCAGAUGGACUGGGAUAAGGAUACAGAUGCGCUGGACAUAGACAAACGCAUCGCGCGACGCGAAGGGUUAAUCGAUCAUGUACGGGGUACGCAUGCGGCUCGGGAUCUCGUGCAUAACAUCCUUGCUACGGUGUUCCAUUUGAAACUGGCCGUAGACUGGAAUAGCAAACCGCCGGCAUGGAAGGAUAACUAUAUGGAAGCGAAAUUCGUGGAGGCGUAUAGUGACAGAGUUGAUAAGAUGAGAUUGGGAAUAUCAACACGAGAUUUUGAUAUGUGGUUUGCGGGGGAAAGAAGGAAAUUCAAGGACAGGCAGCAAGACAUUAUCACCGCACGAAACUGGACACUGGCGCUUUACAAUGAGUUUGGGUCGGCUGUACUCUUGGAUCCAAGAUGGAAUCCGUCGAGAUUUGGGAAGAGUAGUCGAAGCCAGUCAUUCGCGACGUUCCUCCCAUACCUCAUGGCCAACUUACCGAUGCGACGGGCUAUGUCUGACGAGCUCAUUAGUGGAGGUGGCGGGAAAUACAACGUCAGAUUUAUCAGCGGAAGGGGAAUGGUCAAGUAUAACGCGGGGACGCAGUCCGAUAACGACGUACUUGUGCUUACGCUGCUCAAGUAUAUCAGCAAACGGAACGAGAUCGUCGCCUACGUCGAGGCGUUCAUCGCGAAGAUGCGGAAGGUCGAGUGUAAUGUGUAG